AUGUCUCCUUGUCUCUUUAUUGAGUGCCGUUUCGGUCGUGGCCGAAAGUCGGCUCGCACCGCAGGCCUCAUCUGGCCGCGCCCUCAGAGCCACAAGGUCGGAUCCGGCGUGCUCUUCCUGGACGCGGGCACCUUUUAUCUCGCAUUCUCACCGCGGGUGCCGCCGCCAUCAACAUCGACGGCCUCUCCGCCGACGGACCCUUCGCCGACUUCGGUGACAGCAACGCCACGGCCAGGCGCACACCCGGCACCACCCUGUCCGCUGGUGGAGCGAGCGAUGCGGCGCUAUCGCGAACGGUGGCUGUUCGGCGACUGCGUCUCCCGGCACUCGAGCGAGGCCGACGCCGCGAGUGCUCGGGCUCAGGCGAAGCUACGCUGGGAUCGGAGCAGACACGACCACGCAGCUCUCUGGGGCACCCUCGUGGAGGCACUGAUUGUCAACCUCACGGGGCCUUGUGAGGACACUCCACACGAAAACAUGGAUGAAAGCUACCACCUAGUACUUUCAUGCUCACGGCCGUCGGUACUGACCUCCCGCUCUACAUGGGGCCUUAUGCGCGGCCUGGAGUCCUUCAGUCAACUCGUGCGCCGCUACAACGCCACACAUUUCUGGGCCAACGAAAGCGAGGUGGUGGACGCUCCCAGGUUCUCACACCGUGGCCUACUACUGAACACCGGCCGCCAUUUUCUUCCAGUCGCCACCAUCGUCGAAGUGCUGGACGCCAUGUCAUUCAACAAAAUGAAUGUCCUUCACUGGCGCAUCGUGGAUGAAUAUUCUUUUCCGUUCGUCAGCCAAGCGUUCCCGGACCUCAGCUUGAAGGGAUGA